CCGGUGAUCAAAACAUUAGAAUGUCCUUCGCCGCAAAUAUAAUUAUGUCCAUUGGACGAGUUCUCUGGAAACCACAGCUGACGACCGUGCGCUUCAGAUACCAUGCUGAUAAGGUGGCCCGAGGGCCGUUGGUGCGACGUUACGGAUACGAGGAUAACAUUCUUCAACGAGGCCUUCUGCCCCACCUGGACAAUGGACAGAAGCUUCCGAUGCCUGACUACAAACCCAAGAAUGCCUGGUGCGAGAAGCGAGCGUUGUUCGGCCAGAACGACUACAUCGACAUCCUCGGGAACGAUCGGUUACAUCCCACCCGUGUCCUCUACUCCGUACCAUCCUGGCUGCGCGGUAUUUCGGGCAACGAGUACCAAGUGCUGUUGCGAAAGCGCAAAAUGCUGAGUCGCACCAUCUACCCUAACGCCCGGCCGACAAAGUGGCGCGACAUGGAGAAACGCAUUUCCUAUCUGUACCGUUUUCUGAAUCGCAAAACCAAGACCGGGUUUUCGAAUGUUUAACCAGUGGUUUCUGAUGCUCCGUAGUGAAUAAUGAAUAAAUUGUGUUUGUGGCUUUGGCCACAUUCGAGUUUUAUUUG